GUCUACAAAUGCGUUCAGUGCCUCUCCCACAUCGCGGAAGCAUGUAAAGGUGCUGGUUAAAUAAAUAAUUAAAUGGUUGGUUACAGGUCCUGUGUGGCUUAAGAAUAUCCAGGGACAGCGUUCACAAGAGAAGGAUCAAAGGAUGCCCCACUGACAAAGGAGCGUAGUGACUCCCUUUGAUUUGCCGCUUCACACUCGCUCUGAAGCGUCGAGCCGCCGCCAUGGAGACGGACGAGGAAGACAACGUGAAGAUGCUGAUGGACAUGGGCUUUCCCGACGAGGAUGAAGUUCGCGCCGCGCUGCGGAUGGCCAAGAACGACAUCUCCGAGGCGGUGGUGUUCCUGACAGACGAGAACUUCAAGAGUAACAUGUAUCCCACGUCGUCGCGAGCACUGGCGCUGCCCGGACCGACCAAUUUCGCGGACGGUGAUAAAUCGGAGGAUCAGCAGAUGUCAACUGGGGAGGAGGAGAACUCGCUGGUGUUUCCGUACGACGAACUACUGCAGCUGGAGCGCCGCGUCGGCAAGGACCAGUGGUCGAUCCCGUACAAACGCGAGGAGUCACUCGGCAGGUGUCUGCUGGCCGCCACCCGGCUCGCCAAGGAAGGUCUGGUGGAGGCCGACGACAACUGCCGCCGCUUCACCGAACGGGUCAUGAUGGACUCGUUCAAGAAGCUGCUGACCAACAGCGCCGUCUACUCGUGGAGUCUGGAGAUCCACCAGGGCAUUGUCACGAUGCUGGAGCUAUUCGUGGAUCUGCUACUGGCCAGGAUGCCGCACCCGCCGGUCCCCUGCGACUGGCUGAAUCACAUCCUGGCGCCGACGUUUGACUGCGAGACGGCUUGGAAUCAGAAGAACAAGUCUAAACACCCGUCGAUUCGCUCCGGCACAGACGUGGAUAAAGACUACGCCUCGUCUUUUCACGUUAAGAGCGGCACCUACGGCUGGCUGGUGGAUCUCAUCAACUACUUCGGGUACCAGGGCGGGUUCGCGCAGAUCGAGCAGUGCUUUCAGCGUGAGGAGCUGACGCCGGCAGAGAUGGCCGCACUCCUGGCGCCCGUCGGUCGCGGUGCCGAGCUGCUGGUGGCCGACAGGGUGAAGCCGGUGCUCUCGGCCGCUCUGGAGCGGGCGCUGUCCUACCUCACCGCGCUGGACGAGAACAAACUCAACGGAAAGGACGCGCAGGCGGUGCUGGAGCUGCUGAUGACCCUGAAGCGACUCUGCUGCCACCUGUGGACGGAGAACGAGAACAAGAUCACGGAGCUGCAGCUGAACAUGCUGGUCCGCAUGCUGAAGACGCCCAACUUCUCCACCAGGAUGAACGCUCUGCAGGAGAUAUCCCGUAUAAUUGACGACACCCGCCGUUCGGCUCGCUGGGUCCUGGGAGCCGAGGAGAUCCAGGCCUGGAUGUCCGAACAGGGCGUGCUCUCUCUGGCGCUGGAAGGCAACAUUGAUCAGAAGCAGUACACGGACCGUAUCAAGGCGAUCAUUGAGUUUCUGGGUCCGCAUCUGUCCACGGACGACCUCAGCAAGAUCUGGUCCAUGCAGAGCCGACACGCUAUCCAGGUGAUGGAGAACAUCCACUGUAUGAUGGCGGCCGCCUCGGUCAGCUUCAGUCCGCCGCAGCUGCAGCACCUCAUCAGUCUCAUCGAGCGGAGCUGGGAGGGCGGCAAGCCGUGGCAGCAGGAGGGUCUGCUCCAGUUGGUGGGCCGGAUCGGCCGCGAGCGGCGCGACCCCGCCUCGGCGGCGCAGAUGCUGGACCUGCUCUGGCGGCUGGCGCACGCGCCGGCACUCGGCUCCCGACUGGUGUCGAUGGCGAUGGACCUGCACACGGAGGUUCUGGCCGAGGGCUCCGGAGACGAACAGGUGAAGCUGUACAUUUCUAAAUGCGUGGACGAUAUAUCCAACCACACGUGGACGGUGCCUGCGCUGCGGCAUCUGCACAACAUCGUCGACAAAAUCAUACAUGGCACCAAGAGCUACAUCAAAAUCGACAAGACGUCAUACAGUGAGCUGAUGUACGGGCAGCACGACAUCAUGCGUCUGAUCACGCGCAGUUUGAGCGCCUGCCACCAGAUGUCAGUCCGGGAGGCAGGCGGGGAGCUGAACAGGGACGUGCUCUAUGACGGCGAGUACAGACAUGGAGAGUGCCUGUCGACCCAUCUGGAGGUGCUGCAGCACAUGCUGAAGGACUCGCGCGUGCCGCUGCCCUGGGAGCGCGUCACCGACGUCUGGUCGGCCCUGCUAGACAAUCCCGACGCCUGCGCCGACGACCGAACGAUCUGUCUGGACUGGUUCAGCGACUGCGUGUCCGUGCUCGGCCGCGAGACGCAGCAGCGCUUCUUCACAGAGAAACUGCUCCAGCUCGACCCCGAGCUGCUCACCAGCGCCGGACUGCGCUGCUUCAAAAUCUACUUCGAGCGCGUCAACAUCGACAAGGGAUUCUUCAGACGCGUCUCCUGCAAUAUCGUAAUCGGUAGCCAGCCGCCGCUCGGCGUCGACUUUCUGUGGCGCGUGCUGACUGAAGUAGCAGACGAGGAAAUCUCCGGAGCCGUCAUUGACGAACUGCUCAACAUAUACUACCUCAACCUGGAGCCCAAGCUGAAGCGCGAUCCUGCUUCAUUACACAACAAGUUCUACAACGAGUGCUACGAGCGGCUAGAGGCUCGGCGUGCAGCGCUGUUCUCCUCUGCCGUGGACAUCCAGAUGGCCCCGGUGACGCCCGAGUCGCCCGUCUCGUCUCCGAGUAAGGCGCCCGGCAGCCGGAGACACAGCAGCGACGCCUCUAUCGCCGCCUCCACAUGUUGUCCGGAGCGCCGCGGCCUGAGUCGCCUGCUGGGCCUGGUGCGCGCCUACAUUGAGAAGAUCGAGGGACUGUACACGGAGCCACGCUCCAUCGUACCGCACGGAGCCACGUUUCGGGGCGCGCCACUCAGCGUCAGCGUGCAGCACGAGAGCGCCGAGCCUAUUAUUAUACAGGCGCACACCAACGAGUCGGUGCAGUCGCUGAAGAGCCGGGUGGCAGCCCAGCUGAAGCUGUCGGCCUCCAGUCUGCAGCUGCUGCUUGGUGACGCCGAGCUGGACAUGCCGCACCAGCUGCUGCACCGAGCAGGGGUCACGUCCCAGAGCAAGCUGACGGCGAGGGCGGUCGGACCCACCGCAGCCAGGAGCAGGGAUACAGAGUCGUCCCCGGAGCCGGCCGGCGCGGCGGCGGCGGUGGCCGAGGGCGGCGCCGGCGCGGCCUCGGCGGCCGCCGGCGCCUCUUCCGCGGACGUCACCUCCGAGCGCUCCCUGCCCGGCGUGGUGAUGGCGGCCGGCGGCACCUUCGGCACGCUGUGUCGCUUGGCGGAGCUGCGGGACGCGGCCAUCACGGCCGGCGCGCGGGCGAUACUCCACCUGGUUCCCACCGAGCCGGCGGUGUCGGACGCCCUGGAGACGCUCUGCGCGCCGCCCGACCGGCCGGCCGCCGGCGCUCGGCCCGAGGAGUUGGUCCAUCAGAUGCUGGGAGGAGGACCGAACCCGGCGACUGGGCUGAGACUCGUCUAUAACCUGGAGGUGCUGUCCGGUAAACUGAUGCCGUGCCGGGCCGAGGGCGGUGCGGCCGAGUCUGCCCGCACCUUCUGCCGCGCGUUCCUUGAGCACGGCGGUCUGACAGAGGUGGUGGCCGUGCUGAGACGGGAGCCGCCGCCCGGCGACGACCAGUGGCUGGUGCAGCAGCAGAUCUACCUGCUCACACUGCAGAUCGCCAGGUUUCUGCUGUGCGACCGACCCGACCUGACCCGGGCGCCCCAGUCCUCGCCUAUCACAAAGCCGACUCCGGCCAAGAAGUCGGCUCUGGACUCGUCAGUUAACGCCUCUCUGGACACUGUACAGAGUCUGCCGUCGCCAGUGUUUAACGAGACGGUCUCCUGCCUGCUGCGACUGGCCUGGUCGGCGGCGGCCGGCCGGCUCGCCCAGGGUACCGCAGUAGCCAACAGGGAGAAACGCUCGCCGGUCGAGUUCUUCAUCAGCGAGCGGCCCAGACACAGCAGUAACGGCUCUACGACAAGCAGCGCCAGUGAGAGCGACAGCGGCGGCCUGCACGCGGGCCUGUGUGCCCAGCAGAGUGACCUCUCUGAGAACGACACGCUGGUGGCUCGGCUGGCGCUCCAGCUGAUGGUCACCUGUCUGCAGAAUCGACCCGAGGCGCUCGGUUAUCUGUACGGGCUCCCUUACGUCCGAGAAUGUAUCGUGGACAUCCUGCUGGGUUCUCCUGAGGCGGAGGUGCGGCAGGUGAUGACCGAUCAGCUGUUACUGCUCAGUCAGCUGUCGGCGCCGGAGGUGUCACCGUCACCGAGAGACUUUCUCACUCAGGUGGUGCUGAAGACCCGGGUGCCUCUCUGGGUUCCCUCUGGCUCCUCCCGAGCCGGCAGCCAGCGCCUUCUGGCGCAGUCUGCCCAGUACUUCGCGCUGCGAGCCCACCUACUCACCGAUCUCAGCAUGGUGGACCAAUCGCGUCUCGGUGUCAGCGCCUCCUCCAUGGCCGAGGACGAGAUCGGCUGGCUGCAGAACUUCAGUCCUUCGCCGAGCUACGACAGCGGCGGCACCGGCGGCUGGCCGGCCGACGACGUGCUGCUGGCUGGACAUCUGGACCUGGUGCGGGCGCUGGUCACCUGCCACGGCGCCAGCAGGCUGACUGUCGGCGGUCACCUGAUUGGCACGCUGCUGGACGACUUCCUGUUCCCGGCCUCCCGGCGGCAGGGCUCCGACUGCUCGCCCGUAUCACUGCCGCGCUGCCAGGGCGCCUCCUCACGCACGGCCGCCUACAGACUGUUUGUUGAGCUGUGUAAUGACUGCCGGGAGAACCUGGAGCUGAUCUGUCUCCAGCUGGUGGAGAGACACCACACCUUCAACGGGGAACUGUCCAAGGAGUUCGACUACGCGCCUCCGCUGGACGGCCGGGCCGCGUGCAACUACGUGGGCCUGCGGAACGCCGGCGCCACGUGCUACAUGAACUCUGUGCUGCAGCAGCUGUACAUGGUCCCCGGACUGAGGGAGGCCGUGCUCGGAGUGCAGGACGACCAAAUCACCGAGGACAGUGAGCUGUGUCAGGUUCAGAUGGUGUUUGGCCACCUCCUGGAGCUGAAGCUGCAGUACUUCUCCCCGGAGAGAUUCUGGACCGUGUUCAGACUGCGCGGUCAGCCCAUCAACGUCCGAGAACAGCAGGACGCGUACGAGUUCUUCACGAAUCUGUUGGACCAGGUGGACGAGCAGCUGCGAGCCAUUGGCCGUGAACCCGUCUUCCAGCAGGUGUUUGAGGGCAAGUUCAGCGACCAGAAAAUCUGCAAAGACUGCCCGCACAGGUACGAGCGUGAGGAGACAUUUAACGCGCUGAACCUGGCUGUCAAGUCUGGCACACUGCAAGAGUCGCUACAACAGUUCGUGAGAGAGGAAAUCAUGGACGGAGACAACUCGUACUUCUGUGACAAGUGCGGCAAAAAGCGCGAGGCCGUGAAGCGGACCCUAAUCAAGUCGCUGCCGCCCGUACUGGUCAUUCAGCUGAAGCGCUUCGGCUACGACUGGCUGGCCGGACACUCGAUCAAGUUUGACGAGUACUUCAAGUUUCCGUUCUCGCUCGACAUGGGUCCGUACACGGAGGACGGGGUGACGGCGGCCCAGGCGGCCCCGGCGCCGCCCUCCGGCUCUGGAGACGCGCGCCGCUCCACCAGCCGACAGACGGCGCAGAAGCCGCCGCCCAUGAUGUACGAGUUGGUGGGAGUGGUGGUGCACAGCGGCCAGGCCAGCGCCGGACACUACUACAGCUAUGUCAAGGACCGCAGGGGCUCGUCUCUGUCGAAUCCGAACAAGGGCAAGUGGUACAAGUUCAACGACACCACCGUGGAGCCGGUCGAGAUGACGGACGAGUUCCUCGAGCAGGAGUGCUUCGGCGGCACCUACAAGGUCAAGGUCUCAGACUCAGCAAAGUCCAAAUGGGGUCCUGCCGAGGCGCUGCCCGAGACCCGACUCCGCUACUGGAACGGCUACAUGCUCUUCUACGAGCAGGUCAACGACCGGCUCAAGACGCCGCGCACGCCCAGGAAGAGCAUGUCGGCCAGCAGGGUGUCGCAGCGGCAGAACAGCCGGCCGAUGAGCCGAAGGAACGAGGACAGUCUGUGCCAGCUGACGGAGCUGGUACAGCGGGGAGACGAGACGGAACUGUUUCCCGACCACAUGCCCUCGGCAAUACACCAGGUUGUUCGUGAUACGAACCUAAAGUUUCUGCAGAACAGGGAGAUCUACAGCGACGAGUACUUCACCUUCGUGUACGACCUCGUCACGUGCAAUAUCAACAACCCGAACCCGUCGCUGGCGGUGCCCUCCAUCAGCCUAGCAGUCAACUUCCUGCUACACACGUACCUGCGCUCUCGGCGCCGCUCUGCACGUGAUACAGUGCGGUGGCUGACCACGGUCCGGGAGCUGGCCGACCGACAGCCCGCCGCCGCCGCCUGGAUGCUGCGCUUCCUGGCCGGAGACGAGGGGCAGAAAAACUUCCGGCCGUACCUGUUGGUGUGCGACAACUCGUCCGUGCGCUCCGACUUCACUCAGCUGAUCAUGAUCGCGCUGAAGGCGCACGGCUACCACGGCGGAACGGCGGAGGACAGGGACGUUCGGGAGCUCCUCAGCGCUCUGGUGGAGAAACACUUCCCCGACAGUAUACGCACGUGCUCGCAGUACUUCUCCCUGCUGCUAGAGUACGCCAACAUGGGCUCGGCGCAGUGCGACCACCUGCUGUCGCUGGACCUGUUCCCGCGCCUGGUCUCGUUCCUGCUCGGCCCGGCCGGCGCCGCGCCCCGCUGGACCGUCUCGCAGACCCGGCAGCUGGGCGACCUGCACUCCCUGCUGGCUCGGCUGGUGCUCGCCCGACUCCCGGCGCCGCUGCCGGUGGACCCGUCCUCGCCGCUGUCCUCCCUGCCCUCCUCGCCGCUGUCCUCUGAGGACCCCGCCGCCGAGCGGCCGGCCACGCCGCUCCCCCCUCGCGUCGACGCGGCCUCGGCCGCCGUGGAGACGCCCGAGGGCCUGCUGUACGGCCCGCGGGCCGACGACUAUGUGCGUGAAGUGCUCACGGCGCUCAGAGACACCAGCUGGAGACCGGAGCUGGUGGUGCGGCUCCUGGUGACCGCCAGUCGGGAGCAGCGCCGCUUCAGCGAGCGGCUCGUCACUGCCAUCAUGCGGAGUUUCGGCUCCAUUCCGUGUAACGAGCUGCGCCACCUGAGUCUGACACUGGGCGAGCUGGUCUCACUGGAGGACAGCUGUCAGAGGCAGCGGCUCGAUAUCAUACUGGAGGGAGUUCCCGCCCAGGAGCCGGCAGAGCCCGUCGAGGGCAUGCUGGGUAUGAUCCGUCUGACGUCCGGCGCCAACUCGCGGCGCGCCUACCAGUGUAUCAAGUUCCUGGUGUCCGCGGCGGCGCGCAGCGGCGGCCUGAAGGCCCGCCUCCUAUCAGCCACCGAGCGCUGGCUCUGGGCCAUCCAGUGGUUGCGCAGUCAGAUGACCGAGCUGGGAGAGCUCUGGGACGCGCCCGACUCGGCCGCAGCCGACAGCAAUGACGACUCGAGUGGCAGGAUGUUCCGACGUACCACCAGCGCCCAGAUGACCCUGGACGAGUGCUCGCGGCUCUUCACCGUCGAGGAUGCCGAGAUGGAGAUCGUCUCUGGCGGCGGGGACGUCAACUAGAGCUUCUCCCACCGACCGGUUGAGGCGUCAGCUGCUCUCUCGAUCACUGCCGUCGCGGCCUUCUGGUCCGGCCGACCGUGACGGUAUGGCUGGCUGGUGGCUGAGAACGCGUGUGCCUUGCUGCUCGGGUACUGGUGUGGCGCUGCAAUCAGGUCAUGUCAGGUCGGGCUGGAAGGCUAGCUGUAGUCUGGCGAUUUAUGGUGUGCUGCCAGGUCAGGUCCAGGUUUCGUUCAAACAGUUGAUGUCUGAUGCAUGUGCGAAGGUGCUGUGGUGAGGGCUGAGUCAGAAAGGCUGGUGUUUGCUACAGAAGCUGGUGAUUGUUACGGCGGUGUCUCUUAUGGAUGUGGGCUGGGUGAUGAGACUGCACAUAUCAGUAGGAACGGCCCUGCCUAGCCGGGCCAAGUCACUGGCUGAGAGUCUUCGUCAAGCAAUCGUACACGGCGCGAGAGUGAUUGUGAUCGGAACGAUGCACGUUAAGUUUCACGUCAGGUGGGAUGCUAUAGGUGGCGCCCUCGUCGACUCAGUAUAGGUGGCGCCAGUAUCGCGGCGGAGCCCGUUCCUACCUCUGCCGCCAUAUUGUUCGAUACGCACCUCGCAGGGCGAGUAUCCCUCCCACUCAUUGGGUUUUAGCGACGGACUUGACACGUUCAUAGUUAGUCGGAGCCUUCGAAUCCGAGACACGUUUUCUACAAACUGCGGUACAACAGUGGUGCCAUGUUUUGAUGGAGUCUGAAGCCUGUUGUUUGUUGAUGAUAGCCCGCUCGCCGCGACCAUUAGAAGGCGGGAAAAAUGGCGGCCGUUUGGCGCAAAGUUUGUAUGUACUGUUGCGGAUCGAUACGAAAGUGAGCGGACAUUUUGUGCUACGCUGACACGAAUACAUUGUUACUUGUAUCAUUUGA